AGCGAUGACGUUCGAUCAAGCUUCGAACUUUGCUGAACGCAAGGCUGAGAUAAAGUGGCUGCACGUGAUGGUGCUAGUGACUCCCCUGCAAGCGCGUCGCGUCUACGCGUAGCUGGAGGCCCCUCCAACAAAGUCGACAUUCACAGCACAACAUGUCAAAAGGAGAAUCUUCGAAAGCUGCCGCCAGUAAUGGCGUGCGAGCAAAUCCCAAUGCAGCCGGUGGAGCUAAUUAUGAGCUGCCAUGGGUCGAGAAAUACCGCCCAGUAUACCUCGACGAUGUCGUCGGCAACACAGAAACAAUCGAACGCCUCAAGAUCAUCGCAAAAGACGGAAAUAUGCCCCACAUGAUCAUCUCUGGCAUGCCAGGUAUCGGUAAAACCACAUCGAUCCUCUGCCUCGCACGACAAUUAUUGGGAGAUGCCUACAAGGAAGCCGUGCUCGAGCUCAAUGCCUCAGACGAACGCGGUAUCGACGUCGUACGAAACAGGAUAAAAGGUUUUGCGCAAAAGAAAGUCACACUUCCCCCCGGCAGGCAGAAGCUCGUCAUCCUCGACGAAGCAGACAGCAUGACCAGCGGUGCGCAGCAAGCACUCCGUCGAACCAUGGAAAUCUACAGUGCUACAACUCGAUUCGCAUUCGCCUGCAACCAGUCGAACAAGAUCAUCGAACCGCUCCAAUCUCGUUGCGCCAUCCUGCGCUACGCCCGCCUCACCGACGCCCAAGUCGUCCGCCGCAUCAUGCAAGUCUGCGAAGCAGAGAACGUACAGUACUCCGAUGACGGCAUCGCAGCGCUCGUCUUCUCAGCGGAGGGAGAUAUGCGCCAAGCAAUCAACAACCUCCAGUCCACACACGCUGGGUUCGGUUUCCUGAACGGCGACAACGUUUUCAAGGUAGUCGACAGUCCGCACCCGAUCAAAGUCCAAACUAUGAUCAAAGCGUGCCACGAACAAAGGAUGGACGACGCGAUGACGACGUUGAAAGAGCUGUGGGAUUUGGGGUACUCGUGUCACGACAUCAUCAGCACGAUGUUCAGGGUUACGAAGACGAUUGAUACGCUGAGUGAGCAUGCGAAGCUGGAGUUCAUCAAGGAGAUUGGAUUUACGCACAUGCGGAUUCUGGAGGGUGUACAGACGCUCCUUCAGCUGUCUGGCUGCAUCGCAAAGCUCUGCAAGAUCAAUAUGCAGCCUGAGCUAUUCGUUAUGCCGUCGAAGUAAACUGGAAGAGGUGGGAUUGUAUGCAUUUAGCCUGGCGUUUGAGGUGUCACAUAUUAGGCUGGAACUCAAGGAAUAGUCAGGGAAGAUACCAGCAUGUACAACAUGAGCUUAAGUCUGUCCUGUUCUUCCCAGUGUAUCAGCACACAUAACGUCCUUUCGUCUCUAGUUACACACGUGCGUUCUCCCUCUUAGCGUAUCCUCUUCGCCCUUGUCUUCAUCCGCCUCUUCCUCCUCUUCCUCGUCGCUCUCUGCGACAUGCCUCAGUACUCCUAGACUAUCACGCCUCCAGAUACCCCUCAUCCACUUCAUACCUGCCGCUUUCAUCACACGACCUUGAGAAAACCCUGCUGCCGCCUUUGCGUCAUGAUACACAUCCUCAUCAGAGU